AAUGAGCCUCACAUGGCCACCUGCGUCUGAAUGGAGGUAGACCGUCCUUUUUUGGCAACUUCGUCCGACAUUCCCUAAGUAGGCUUCUCCUCGGACGCAUCCACGGGCUGGACUGUUCCAUCUCCUCUAAUGAUGGAUCCUGUGACAGAAUUCCCAGUGGGUAUCAAUGAAAUCGAUAUGGACCCCCACAUGGAGGAGCCAAGGAAAACCAUCAGCCAAGCAAUUGAAGAACUGAAUGCACAAGACAAAGCUCAACAUAGAGGAGGAGAUGCAAGAGAGGUCAAUAAUGAGGAUAAGAAGCUAACUUCUACCAUUGGCACUGAUGAGCUAGUGGAACCAAAAACGUCUGUUCAGGAUGUGGAGAAAGAUGAAGCAAUGGACAUUCUUGAAUCAAAUGUCCCAUCCAAUGCCAGGGAAGGAGAAAGAGAAGCACCAGAUAUUGUCAAUGAAGAUAGAAGGCUUGCAUCUGCUGUAGAUGAGAAAAUUGAACCAGAACUAAAGGAAGAGGAGGAUGAAGUGAUGGAUGUUCUUGGGAGUGGGCAACUCUUAAAGAAGAUCUUAGAGAAAGGGGAUUCCAAGAAACGUCCAGAGAGAACUGAUCGAGUGACAACUGACAUACAACUCUUCCUUGAGGGUGGAGGCCUCGUGGAAGAAUACCGGGACUUCUCCUUCUCCCUGGGUGAUAAUGAGAUUGUACAAGGCCUGGAUCUGGCCAUUCCUCUGAUGGAGAGAGGUGAGAAGGCAGAGAUCACAGUUGACCCUCGCUUUGGUUUUGGAGAAUUGGGCCGUCCACCAGACAUCCCAAAGAAUGCCACUCUAAAAUUUACCAUCCACUUAAAAGACUUUGGGCCCGAACCCGAUCCCGAAGGGCUCCCUCUGUCUGAGAGAAUGACAUUGGGAACCAGGAGGAGGGAGAAGGGAAAUUUCUGGUUUAGUCGUGGAGAAUACUCCUUUGCAGUUCAGUGUUAUCGCAAGGCUCUCGACUUGCUGGAUGACAACACUGACAUUGCAGACCCUCGUGAUGAACGUCCCGUGCAACAAAGACUUGAGGAACUCCCACCUGAAGUCGAAAAUAUCCUGCAGGAGCGCGUGAAGACUUAUAAUAACCUUGCUGCCGCUCAAAUGAAACUGGAGGCCUAUGAAGCUGCGAUCCGAUCUCUGGAUGCUGUCCUCAUGUGUGAACCGGAAAAUGUCAAGGCUCUGUUUCGAAAGGGAAAGGUCUUGGGGUUGCAAGGGAAAACAUCUGAGGCAUUGGAUUACCUGCGCAAGGCAAACAAGUUGGAUCCUUCAGAAAAGAUGAUCCAUAACGAGCUUUCCCGUAUUCUUGGUCGCCGCAAGGCAGAGCGUCAAGAGGAAAAGAGUCUUUAUCGGAACAUGCUUCGAGAACACUGGCACUCUGAGAACAGCUCUUCUUCUGUGCAAGCCAAGCAAUCCAAGUCAUCUUGGCGCAUUUCAUGGAAGGUGGCAGCCAUGGUCAUGGGUGCCAUGACACUUGGAUUCACUCUCUAUAAGUGGCGUCUUGGACCUGAGCUUUGACCCACUUGGCAGUAGCUAUAAACACUUCAUUUCCAUACUUAUAAUUUCAGGUAUGCUUCUGUGAUCUCCCCUAUCCACAUUUAUGAAACCCUUUCAGAUAUGCCAUGCAAACUCAUCGAUCAAAGCCUUAUUGGGAUGAAAAAUUUGUUGCCUGCUGUUGUUCACAUUUGAUUGAGAUAGUUUUUUUGUGAUGGACAUGUUUUAUUAUAGAAUUCUGUAGCCUUUAUAAUAAAAAAAUCACAAGGGGAAUGAAAAUCCAUGUCAGUAUGGAUUUGAUGUCACAGGGAGGGGGAAGGACAUGGGGCAUAGCCCGUGAACACUGGCUUCAACAGAUAGAGUGC